AGUCCGGCCGAGCCAAGGAAGAAGGAAACGGGGAAUAAAAAGGAGCGAGGUUGUGAGAGGCCGGGGAGAGCGGACUGAGAGGCCGGAGAGACAGACCUGCGUCGUGCACACCGCGGACGGACGGACGGACAGAGACAUGGAGGGCUCCACGGAGGAAGAGCACAAAGAGAAAUUACUGUGGAACGUCAAGCGGGAGGUGAAGCAGAUUAUGGAGGAAGCGGUGACUAAGAAAUUUGUCCACGAAGACAGCAGCCACAUCAUUGCUCUGUGCACUGCGAUCGAGGCCUGCCUGGGUCACCUCCUCAAGAGACGGGCGGCCGGGUUUCUCCGCAGUGACAAGAUCGCCGCCCUCUUCACCAAAGUCGGAAAAGUCUACGACACGGCCGGCGAGGUUUGUCGCAAAGUGCAGGAGCAGCUCCAGCAGCAGGCUGAUCUAACCAGGAGAACUCAGAGCGUGGGACAUGAACCUCUGAGGAGACAGGGCUCCUCCACCACCAGCCGCCCCCCCCAGCCCCUCUCCGCCCAGGCCAUCAAACACAUCUGGGUCCGGACGGCGCUCUUUGAGAAGGUUCUGGACAAGUUAGUCCAGUACAUCGUGGACAACUCCAGUAAAUACUACGAGAGAGAAGCUCUGAUGCAUGACUCAGUGUUCGGGCCGAUCCUGGCAGCUCUGCUGGUGGGGCCCUGUGCUCUGGAGUACACCAAGCUGAAGACAUCAGACCAUUUAUGGACCGACCCUUCAGCCAACGAGCUGGUUCAGCGCCACCGAAUCCACGGAGCCCACCGGAGUCAGGACGCCAUUGCCGGCCGCCGGCCCGCUCUGGGGAUCCGCAAGAGGCAGUCGAGCGGCAGCAUGUCAGAGGACAGGUUCGCGGCGUCCGCCAGGGAGUACGUGGAAUCGCUCCACCAGAACUCCAGGACUCACCUUCUCUACGGCAAGAACAACGUCCUGGUGCAGCCGAAGAAGGACAUGGAGGUGUUGCGGGGAUACCUGUCGCUCCACCAGGCCGGGGAUAACCUCACCCUGAAGUGGACCCCCAACCAGCUCAUCAACGGCACGCUGGGAGACUGUGACCUGGAGAAGAGCAUCUACUGGGACUAUGCACUGACUGUUCCUCUGCGGCAGAUAGUCUGUAUCCACUGUCAUCAGCGCCCUGACUGUGGCGGGACGCUGGUCCUGGUGAGUCAGGAUGGGAUCCAGCGGCCGCCCCUCCACUUCCCCCCCGGUGGUCACCUCCUGGCCUUCCUCUCCUGCCUGGAAACAGGCCUCUUACCGCGGGGUCAGCUGGAGCCCCCCCUCUGGUCCCAGAAAGGCAAGGGAAAAGUCUUCCCUAAGCUGAGGAAGAGGAGCAGCGCCGCCCGGCUCAUCGACCAGGACAGGAACGGCGAGGAGCAGACGGCUGCUGACUACGUGUUUCGCAUCGUCUACCCAGGAUACCGCUACGACGCCAUCACUAUAAACUACCACCACACCACGGGCAGCCGCGCUCCGUCGCUGGACGAUGACGAGGAAGAGGAAGAUAGGCUCCAUGCUAUGAUCUCAAUGAUCUGCUCGCGGAACCUCACAGACCCUAAUGUCAUGAAAGACCACGGGGAAAUGAUGGAGAUGCAGGGUUUCGGAGGAAGCCCGUCGUCAUGGCAACAGGCCGAAGUAACCACUCACGAGUCCCUGUGCCAGUCCUGCACCACUGCUGGUAGCAACGUGUCAUUCGACUACCCGGCCGGCUGUACCUGCAUACACGACCCAGCAGACAUUCACACUAUUCCUCUGAAGAUGCUGUGUCAGAACAUGAAGAGGCAGAUCGUCUCCAGAGCCUUUUAUGGAUGGCUGGCCUACUGUCGACACCUGUCCACCGUGCGGACUCACCUGUCAGCUCUGGUCAACCACAACAUCGUCCCUCCAGACAGACCUUGUGAGGCGUCCGGGGGCCUCAGCAAAGAGGUGUGGAGCAAGUACCAGAAAGACUGCAAGAACUAUAAGGAGCUGGAGCUGCUCAGGCUCGUUUAUUAUGGCGGCGUGCAGCAUGACAUCAGGAAGGAGGUGUGGCCUUUCCUGCUGGGGCACUACAAAUUCGGCAUGGGCAAAAAGGACAUGAGCCAGAUUGAUGCGAAGAUCAGCGAGCGUUACCAGCAGGUGAUGCGGGAGUGGAAGGCGUGCGAGGUGAUCGUCAGGCAGAGGGAGAAGGAGAUGCAGUCGGCCAUCUUUGCCAAGCUCUCCUCAGGCAGCAGCAUCGACAGCCACGUCCUGCGGCUGGUUCACAGAGACUCCACACUCAGCAAUGAGGUGUUUAUGUCGGUGGACGAGCCGGACGCAGGGAGCCAGGAGACGCCCAGCGGAGAGGACAGCACCCCCACCAUGACCACCUUGGUGCCCCCCGCCGCCCUCCCCCAAGAGGAGCGUCCUCUGGUGGAGUUCGACUCCCCCGACUCGGGUCUGCCCUCCUCCAGGAACUACUCUGUGACCUCUGCUCAUUCCCAGAUCCUGUCGAGCAUAGACGACGGUCAGAGCACGGAGGAGGAAGGGGGGGGCGGGGAGGAGGGCAGGACUCCAGAUGUGCUGGGGGGGCGUCAGGACUCUCUGAGCGAGGACAGGCUGUGUAGUCAGCUGGACAAGCUGGUGACCAACGGAGCGCCUGCUGAGGGGAUAUCACCGUCUCUGUCCUCGUACACAAUCGAGCUGCUGGACACAGUCGCCCUGAACCUCCACAGGAUAGACAAAGAUGUGCAGCGCUGUGACCGCAACUAUUAUUACUUCACCACAGCCAACCUGGAGAAACUCCGCAACAUCAUGUGCAGUUAUGUGUGGGAGCAUUUGGAGGUGGGCUACGUUCAGGGCAUGUGUGACCUGCUCGCUCCGCUCAUGGUCAUCUUGGACGACGAGUGCCUGGCGUACAGCUGUUUCACUCAGCUAAUGAAGAGGAUGAGUCAGAACUUCCCUAAUGGUGGAGCCAUGGACACACACUUUGCCAACAUGAGGUCACUGAUCCAGAUCUUGGACUCGGAGCUGUUUGAACUGAUGCAGCAGAACGGAGAUUACACUCACUUCUACUUCUGUUACCGUUGGUUCCUGCUGGACUUCAAGAGAGAGCUCCUGUACGAGGACGUGUUCGCCGUGUGGGAGGUGAUCUGGGUGGCUCACAGGAUUUCCUCGCAGCACUUCGUCCUCUUCCUCGCUCUGGCCCUGGUCACAGUUUACCGUGAGAUCAUCAUGGACAACAACAUGGACUUUACUGACAUCAUCAAGUUCUUCAACGAGAUGGCCGAGCGUCACGAUGUCCAACACAUCCUGAAGAUAGCACGUGAGCUGGUGCACAGAGUUCAGUCUCUGAUGGACAACAAGUGACCAAGGAGCAGCAGGAGGAGGAGGAGGAGGAUGAGGAGGAUGCCUAACUCGACAGGACGCUCUGCUCUUCCUCUCAUCCCUCACAGAGACAGAGUUUUUCCAGACCUCCACCUCUCCAGAGCAGGUCCAGAGGGUCCAGGUCUCCUCCCGGCCCAGAUGAAGGCCCUGGGGAGGGGGUGGGGGGGUGGAGGAAGGGUCGCUGAGGCGGCCCGGCUCCGGCGCUCAGCCUCGAUCUGUUUACAUUCACCUUCACGUGGAAUGCUCAUGGUGUCCGUUCAGACAUGUGGAUCUGUCUGCAUGCUUGUGAGUUUGAUCACACUGUGAACGCAUUCUUGAGUCUCCCCGGUCCUGCAGAGCUUGUGUGCGUGCAUGAAAACACACACACACACACACACACACACACACACACACACACACACACACACACACACACACACACACACACUGACACAGAACAUGUUGGCUGCCUGUCAGGAAGCUGCAGCGCUCCGUGUUUGUCCAGCAGAGGGCAGCGUUCACACAGAGGAGCAGAAGACUUAGCCACGAAGUUUUCAUUAGUGACCAAAUGAACUGUGCCAACUACCUUUUCAUGAGUGUUUUCUACAACUAGCAUGUGUGUUUUUACCCCCGACCCCCGACCCCCGACCCCUGACCCCUGACCCCUCCCAUCCCCUCUUUUUUUUUUUCUUCUGCUCCAGGAGUUUAUUAUCACACAGAUGUUGCCUUUAUCAGUGACAGCCCGAGAUACUGAGUUGCACUUUUUGUAAGGGUUUCCUUCCUGGUGCCUGUUUAGGUCGGCGGUGGGGGGCGGGGCCAGAGGUGCCACGAGAGGCCAAACUGUUGACUCUGCAGCCGAUUUUUUUCUGAGCAGGUCAGAGGUCACAGCAGGUUUAACACCUGUUCCAGGACAGAGCAGCAGAGCACAACAGAGAUGACUAAAGCACACAGGCCUUCGUCUUCACUUUAAUGAACCAUGACGUCAGUUCAGGGCUGUGACCACUGAGGUCACGACCUUUGGGAGUUUUUCUCGCUGUGAUGACACACAGUGCACGACUGUUUUUAACCAAAAAAAUUGUGGAUGUCUCAUAAUUUCCGGCAGUUAAACAAAGACAGAGGUUUUAAUUAUCAGCGCAGAGAGAGAGACUGAACACCAACUUUUAACUUCUCAAAAAAUAAACGACCCCUCGCAGAAGAUCUGGAUGUUUUUGAAUCAGUCAUGUCACAAAAACUACUUUUUAACAUCUUAUAAAUCUUAUUGAAGUACAGCCUGAUCUCAGCCGCACAGACACUGAGAGGAGUUCAUGCUUGUAUCAGCAGCAGGCUGAAGCGCUGUGACAGACAUGAUCCUCUCACACUGUCCUUCUAGUUGUUCCUAUACACAAGUGUAAUAUAUGACAUAAAUGUCCCAGUGAUGAUAUUUUUAUCACAUAUAUCUUCUGACUAUAUGAAGAUAUAUGUUUAUAACAUAUAUGAAAUACUCAUAGUAAAUAUAUUAAAAUAUCUAUGAUGAAUUUUUAUAUGGUAUAACAUGUAGCAACAUUCAAGCAUAUAUGUUAAGAUUAUGUAUUUAAUUUAUAUAUGCACGUUUAUUAAAACAACAUACAUAUAAAAAUUCUAUGUGUUUAUAUAUGUUUUUCCUAUUUUCCUUAUUAAUUUUCUUAUAAUAUCGACAUGAAAAUACAUAUUUGUGUGCGCUAGACAUCUAUGUAAAUAUAUAUGACGUUGUUCCAAUUUCUAAUAGGUUUUAUAUACAGUUUUAACAUAUGUUUUUAUUUUAUAUGCACAUAUAUUUGAUAUAUGGAAAUUCAAUAUAUGUAUAUUACAUUUGUGUACAGGUUCCUAGAGUGAGGACAGAAACAUGGGGCACCACUUCAGUCACAAAGAUUUAUAAGUGGUUUAUAAUUAGGUUAUUGAUUCGGUCGUUAACACUUUAUGAAUAAUCAGUUAUUAACGAGUUAUAACAGUUUUCAUUCAUUGAUGCAGGAUCACUGUUUGGCAAGAUCAAGUUAAUGCUUACUACUAAUUAAUCUGACUAAUGAGUUACUACCAUUUAUAACUGGUAAACGGAGCCUUAUAGAAAUAAAUGAUGUGUUUCACCAGAUAUAGAUAAUAGUCACUCAUUAAUAAGAUUAAUAGACCAUAAGAAAAAUCACCAGCUCUCCUUUAAAUGAAUUCAUGUUUUCCUGUGGAACUGGAGUCAAACUCGCUCACUGACCUGAAAGCAUCAUGAAAGCUGCUGCUGCGUUCAGUGCUGUCGGGAGAAAGCGGCUACAGUCAUCCGUGUUGAACCUGAUUCUUCUCCCGCCUCCGGCCCUGCCUCUGAACAUCACACCUGCUUGGACUGGGUUGGUCUAAGUCACAGAUCUGAGGUCACAGGUGUAAAAAAAAAAACAACCAAACAAUUACCUAAGACGAAGCUUCUGUUGAUGCCAAACUGAGUCCAGUGUUCAGUGAGUCAGUAUUAGUAACAGCACAGAGUUCGUUUGUAUCUGAAGGGAAUCCGGGACCUUUUUGAUACUGUUUCCAACCCUCCCCACCCCCCACCCCCCCACUCCCUCUCUCUUCAUCGUGACCCUUUAUCUACACCCUCGUCGCCUCCUUAAAAUGUCCAACACGGCUGCAUACGAUUGGUCAUCCAGCACGGACCUGCACCUGUGAUUCAAGUGCCAAGAGUCUUCCCCAAUCCUGAAGUGUACUGUAGUCAUUUGGCUCUCUGAUUCGCUAGUUCGAUCCCAGGAAUGGGCAGUGGCGUGGAUGUAACCUCGCUGCGGACCCUCCCCCCUCCGCCCUCCCCCACCCUGCUGCCAAGGCGAUGGAGGAGGGUUGGCGGGGGUGGGGGGGACCCGUAGCAGAGCUUUUUUUCUUCCAAUCAGGACGUUGUGUACCAAAGCCUUGACACAGCCCCCUCUGUGGCAUGACGACAAUGUGCAAUUUCAUACUGCAUCUUGAAGACUGACUGUUUACUAUGUGUGUAAACUAUUUUUGAAAAUGGUGAUCUUGGAUUCUUUAACUACUGUGCAAUUUCUGUCGUUUGAGAAAAUCCAUCAAAGUCUAUAUUGCUGUAAAUAUGAACCUGAAACCCAAUAUUUCUAUGAAGACUGUCAGAACAUAUAUAUAUAUAUAUGUAUAUAUAUAUAUAUAUAUAUAUGUAUAUAUAUACAUAUACAUAUAUAUAUAUACAACUUAUUUUGAGAUCUAUUUUUUAUGUUGGUUUUAGCAGCACUAGUCUGAGGUGUGUUUUGUGCAGAAAUGCAGAAUGUGUGCAGAUUAUGUUACACGUUGACUGUUAAGUGUUCUUUCUCAAUGUUGUGCACUGACUUCAAGAUUUCAAAUUUCUAUUUAUGUAGAAAGCCAGUGAUUGCAUUGCUGAAUAUGUACUGGUGAGGAUGUAUCAUUUGCCUUGAAUGUAAUGUAUUAUUAAAUACGGGGUUGUUCAUUA